AUGGGAAUAAACGGGCUGCUGCCGUUACUCAAGUCCAUACAUAGGCCAGUCAAUCUCAAGAAGUUCGAAGGCAAAACACUCGGUAUCGAUGCAUAUGGCUGGCUUCAUCGAGGCACCGUGGCAUGCGCCAUGGAGAUUGCCAAAGGCCAACCUACCAGGAAAUUUGUGGAUUUCUGCAUGCACCGCGUUCGAAUGCUACAACACUUUGGAGUCGUGCCCUUCCUAGUCUUUGAUGGCGACUACCUGCCAAGUAAAGCUGCUACGGAAUCCGAACGAUCGAAGCGACGAGAGGAGAGCAAGAGGUCUGGUUACGAACUGGAGAGUGCUGGCAAACUACAACAAGCAUAUGCCGAAUUCCAGAAGGCGGUUGAUGUAACUCCGGAAAUGGCCCGCCAACUGAUCGAUGAAUUAAAAAUUACUGGAGUGCAAUAUUUGGUUGCUCCAUACGAAGCGGAUGCUCAAAUGGUAUAUCUAGAGAGAAAAGGGAUUAUCCAGGGCAUUCUCUCGGAAGAUUCUGAUCUUCUAGUUUUCGGCGCCAAGUGUCUAUUGACGAAGUUAGAUCAAUAUGGGAAUUGUGUUGAAAUCAACAAAGCAGAUUUUUGCGCCUGCAAAGAAAUCACUUUGACUGGAUGGUCAGAUAAGGAAUUUCGACAAAUGGCAAUUUUGAGUGGAUGCGAUUAUCUCUCUAGCAUUAACAACAUGGGACUAAAAACCGCCUAUCGAAUGCUGCGCAAGCAUAAAAACGUUGAAAAGGUUGUUCGAAUGUUACAAUUUGAUGGGAAGUUUCACGUGCCGAAAGGCUAUCUAGAGGCCUUCAAUCAGGCAGAGCUCACUUUUCUGCAUCAGAGAGUGUUCUGCCCAAAAACACAACGCGUUGUUUUCCAUACCGAACCGGAGAGCCCAGUGGAUGAAGAGAAAAUGCACUUCAUUGGAGCUUACGUGCCCCCAGAAAUUGCUCAGGGUGUCGCGAAAGGAGAUUUGAACCCAAUGACAAAGCAACCCAUAAUCGUUCGACUACCUAGUAAAACUCAAACGUCGAUUUCGACUCCAUUUUCUUCUCGUCCCCAAUAUCGAACUUCGGUUUCCUCUGCCGAUCUCAAGAAAGGCGUCUCGAUCGAGGAAUUCUUCAAGCCAAGACGAACACCUCUUGCAGAGCUCGAUCCGAACUGCUUUACACCCUCACCAAACCAACAAGAUGCUCUCCGCCGUAAUUCCGGCCCUUGGAAUGGGAGUCCAGCUCCUAGACAAUACAUCAACCGGGCCAUGACGGAACCAGAUUUGCCUCAGUCUGCUCCUCCCGAGCGAUUACCCACGGCACGCCAUGCUCGUGCGCCUACAAUAUCUGAACCUCGACCUCCGAAGCGAGCACGGCUUUGUGCCGACGAGGAUGUACUUUUUCCCAAUCGGAACGUUCAGCUCGGCCCUAGUAAAUUCUUCAAAAGCGAGUACCCUGAUCCAAGCCCGACGGCUGGAAGGGCAAAGAGCAGAAAAUCGAGGAAGAUGGACAUUACAGUUUUCUCGGACGAUUCGAUUGAAGAGGUCAUGUUGAAUCUCCCAGAGCUGGUUAGCUCCAAAGCCGGCGGCGUUCAGAAGAUGUCGAUUUUCGAGGAUGCAAAACUGAAUGAAUCAGAUACCAACUUGUUGCCUGGUCCUAGAGAUUGUGCGGAAGUUAUCACCAUCCACAAGACGGACGAUGUACAAGACAAAGUUCCCAGCUUGACAGCUUCGACCUCUGCCACUAGCUCCUUUGAGCAACCGGCUACCCCUACGGCAACACCUUCCUCAGCUUCCCUUAACCUGUUGCAUGAAAAGUAUUCCUUUCAGAACUCUCAGUCAAAAGCUGUUAAUUACAGUGGCCCCUUUUCAUCAGCAAUUUCUGUCGCGAAACCUUCGAAACUUCCAGUCGCAGUCAAGAGCAACAACUCCGUGUCCACAGUGAACAGUAUAUCUGCCCGGAUGAACAUGACACCCUUACAGCGUUUAGGUGUCUCUGCAAUCAAUCGAUCAAGACUGCCCAUGACACCACCACAAACGCCGAUUUUACCUCGUCAGAAUGCCUCACAGCACCAGUCACUACUGAGGAAGGGGCUUGUGCCCUUUCCAGAAGUAGCUAGCGAGAAGAUGAAAAGAAUCGUUGAUCCGGCGUCAAUCCCACUCCCUCCGCCAGACGAAUCCGAGAAUGUGGAAUUAAUGCAACAAAAGGGGAGCGAAGACCUAAUUAUACACGAUAGCGAAGAAGAAGACGAAGCGAUUUCGCCGGUCUUGAGGGAAGAUGUAUCAGCACGGCUUGACUUUUCGAAGUUUGUCCAUAUUAGGUGA